AUGGACGCUGACAUAUUCAAAGAAAUGUUUCCACAAGAUUAUAUGAAAAAAUUUUUGGAGAAAAAUGUUAGGAUAGAUGGGAGAUUAUUUAAUUAACCAAGAUAGAUUUCGAUAGAAUUUGCAGAAGGAUUUACUCAUUAUUAAUACGCUGAUUGUUUUAUUUCAGUCAAACAUAUUAUUCGAGAGGUAGAGUUAAAGGAAGUAGAUCUAAAUUAGUGCAUCAGUAUUAGUAUUUAAUGAGAUUAAGAAUUAUCUAUAAUUAUGGAUAAUUAGGAGGAUUUAAGUAAUAUUGAUAAAGCAAGAAUAGAGAAGCAUUACCUGAACUAAAUUCAAGAUAUUGUGACUCAGAUUGUAGAUCCUCAAAGAUUGAAAAAUCAAAAUAGUCAAGUUACAUCAAUUGAAUUGUUUAUUAGAGUGGCUGGGGCUGAUGGAUCAUUAUUGUCUCAUCUAAUAAAUUGUGUUUCCUUUUCCUUAUAGUAAAGUAAAUUUCUAGUAUUAACGUAUUAGUUAAACAAUUUUAAACUAAAAUAUCAAUAAUUAAUAAGGAAUUAAAAUGUUCAACCUUUGGUAUGUUCUAAGACAAAAUAUUUGUGGACCCAUCAGAUUUUGAGGAAAGGAAUAGUUCAGUUCUAACUGUAAUUUCUUUCUUAGAUGAUGAGUAAGUUAUUUUUAAGAAGUAUGACGGUAAACCGCUGAAUUAUAAUUAAAUAUAAUAAAUAAUUUAAUCAUUCUGA